UUUUAUCUGUCCUCCAGAGGUCAUUUCCUGUUCGCGUUCGCUCUGCCGGAUUGACACGUCACGAAGGUCAGGAGAAAACUGAUGGAAAAAUGGCGAGCACCUACAACACCUUCAAUCUACACACGACGCCGGAGAAGUUCUACAUCGAGGCGUGUGAUGAUGGAGCAGGAGACGUCCUCGCUAUUGACCGUGUGUCCACAGAAAUGACCCUCACAGUGAGGAAGGACGUGCCUCCGUCAGCAGUGACUCGUCCGAUGUGUGGCAUCAUGGGAACCAUGCGGCUGGUGGCAGGCAUGUAUCUCAUCGUCAUUACCAAGAAGAAGAAGGUGGGAGAUCUGCUCGGUCACGCCGUCUGGAAAGCCACGGACUUUGACAUCAUUUCCUACAAGAAGACGGUCCUGCAUCUGACUGACACUCAGAUGCAGGACAACAAGGCCUUCUUGUCUAUGAUCAACAGCGUCCUGAACACAGACGGUUUCUACUUCGCCACAGACUACGACUUGACGCACACCUUACAGCGGCUGGCUAACACCAGCCCCGAGUUUCAGGAGAUGACCCUUCUGGAGCGCGCGGAUCAGAGAUUCGUGUGGAACGGUCAUCUGCUCCGAGACUUCAUGGCACAGCCGGAGCUGCACAAAUUCGUCUACCCUGUUAUUCACGGCUUCGUCGCUAUGAAGUCGUGCUGCAUCAGCGGGAAAAUCUUCGACUGGAACAUCAUUUCUAGGAGGAGCUGUUUCCGCGCGGGCGUCCGCUACUACGUCAGAGGUAUCGACUCUGAAGGUCAUGCGGCAAACUUUGUUGAGACGGAGCAGAUUGUUCAGUAUAAUGGAGCAAAAGCCUCAUUCGUUCAGACUCGAGGCUCCAUCCCCUUCUACUGGUCUCAGAGACCAAACCUGAAGUACAAGCCAAAGCCACAGAUCAGCAAAAGCGGCAAUCAUCUGGAUGGUUUUCAGAGGCAUUUCGACUCUCAGAUCAUCACAUACGGCAAACAAGUGAUUUUGAACCUGGUGAAUCAAAAGGGCUCAGAAAAGCCACUGGAACAGGCCUUCGCGAAGAUGGUGAACAAUCUGGGUAACGGCAUGAUCAAGUACAUAGCGUUUGACUUCCACAAGGAGUGCAGCCAUAUGAGAUGGCAUCGCCUGCAGAUCCUGGUGGACAUGGUUGCGGAAAUACAGAAUGAGUUCGGCUACUUCCUGGUGGAUUCGGACGGGACGGUGCAGCUACAGCAGGACGGGACGUUUAGAAGCAACUGCAUGGACUGUUUGGACCGAACCAAUGUCAUCCAGAGUCUGCUGGCGCGCCGCUCGCUGCAGUCACAGUUAGAGAGGAUGGGAGUUCUUCAUGUGGGCCAGCGGAUUGAAGAACAGGCGGAUUUUGAAAAAAUAUACAAGAACGCUUGGGCAGAUAACGCCAACGCCUGUGCCAAACAGUACGCCGGGACCGGAGCCCUGAAGACCGACUUCACACGGACAGGAAGGAGAACGCAGUGGGGUUUGCUGAUGGACGGCUGGAACUCCAUGAUCAGAUACUACAAGAACAACUUCUCCGACGGUUUCAGACAGGACUCCAUUGACCUGUUUCUGGGUAAUUAUGCGGUGGAAGAGGCGGACAUGAACACUCCUCUACAUGAACCCAAAGACUGGAAGUUCCUGACGCUGCCGAUCAUCAUGGUGGUGGCUUUCUCCAUGUGCAUCAUAUGUCUCCUGAUGGCUGGUGACACCUGGACUGAGACGCUAGCGUACGUGUUGUUCUGGGGCUCGGCGAGUGUUGUGACGGCCGGCGUGAUCCUCUUCAACGGCCGGGACUUCGUCGACGCACCCAAACUGGUGCAGAAGGAGAAGAUGGACUGAACCUGCGUGUGUGGGAAGCAGCUGGGUCCCGCCGAGUCUUCAUCCUCCUCCUCCUCCUCAUCCUCAGUGCUGUCCCACUCUCAGCUCGGCCGGCCCUGGAGCCUGUACUGAAGCCGCUCCGCCGGAGGAAGAGGACGAGGAUGAAGGCCAGGGGCCAGACGGGACGCUCCACUGCUCUCCACACCAGGAUCGUAUCUCAGACAUCCCAUAAUUCCAUGGGCAGCUUCACAGACGCAGCGCUGGAAACCAGGUUCAUGUGCGGAUCGGGACCGUGAGGGACUCGGCCCAAGCCUCGUGGUCCAAGACGUGUUUCCGUGUCGAAUCGCAUCAUCAUCUUGUUUUCUAAUAAAAAAAAAUUAAUUGAACAAAACGAGAUGCGUUCAGAAAAUAAAAGGCAGUGACACUCUUC